AUGUACAUCCAUUUCCUGGUGGUUAAGGCCAAAGUGAAGAAGGAGAGAGGACUGUACCAGGACAAGGUGUUCUGCUUCAUCCAUCUGAGUGUUCAGGAGUUUCUGGCUGCUCUUCAUGUCCAUCUGACCUUCAUCAACUCUGGACUCAAUCUGCUGGAAGAACAACAACCAACCUCCCAGAAGUCUGAAACAAGAGCAUCUGCAGAGAAACACUUCUACCAGAGUGCUGUGGACAAGGCCUUACAGAGUCCAAAUGGACACCUUGACUUGUUCCUUCGCUUCCUUCUGGGUCUUUCAAUGCAGACCAAUCAGACUCUCCUACAAGGCCUGAUGACACAGACAGGAAGUAGCUCACAGACCAGUCAGGAAAUAGUCGAGUACAUCAAGAAGAAGUUCAGUGAGGAUCUGUCUGCAGAGAAAAGCAUCAAUCUGUUCCACUGUCUGAAUGAACUGAAUGAUCGUUCUCUACUGGAGGAGAUCCAACAGUCCCUGAGUUCAGGAAAUCUCUGCACAUAUAAACUGUCUCCUGCUCAGUGGUCAGCUCUGGUCUUCAUCUUACUAUCAUCAGAAGAAGAUCUGGAUGUGUUUGACCUGCAGAAAUACUCUGCUUCAGAGGAGGCUCUUCUGUGGCUGCUGCCAGUAGUCAAAGCCUCCAACAAAGCUCUGCUGUGCAUCCCUGAUCUCUCAGAGAGAGGCUGUGAAGCGCUAUCCUCAGCUCUCUGCUCUCAGUCCUCUUUUCUGAGAGAAAUGGACCUGAGUAUCAACACUCUGCCGGAUUCAGGACUGAAGCUUCUGUCUGCUACAGUGGAGAGUCCACAGUGUACACUGGAAAUGCUCAGAUUGAAUCUCUGUAAUUUGUCCGAGGGAAGUUAUGAAGCUUUAUCCUCAGUUCUGGGCUCCCAGUCCUCUAGUCUGAGAGAGCUGGACCUGAGUAACAACAACCUACAGGAUUCGUCAGUAAAGCUUCUUUCUGCUGGACUAAGAAAUCCAAUCUGUAAACUAAAUAUCCUGAGACUGAGCCAUUGUAAAUUCUCAGAGAGAGGCUAUAAAGCUCUGUUCUCAGUCCUCAGCUCCCAGUCCUCUAGUUUGAGAGAGCUGAACCUGAGUAACUCUGACCUGCAGGAUUCAGGAGUGAAGUUUCUGUCUGCUGAAAUGAAGAGUCCACACUGUAAAAUGGAAAGUCUCAGUCUGUCGGGCUGUCUGAUAACAGAUGAAGGCUGUACUUCUCUGGCCUCAGCUCUGAGUGCCAACCCCUCCCAUCUGAGAGAGCUGGACCUGACCUACAAUCAUCCAGGAGACUCAGGAAUGAAGCUGCUGUCGGCUGGACUGAAGGAUCCAGGCUGGAGACUGGACACUCUUAGGUAUGAAGAGGAUGUCUGAUAGAGGAGGAAGAGCUGGAAACAUUUCCAGUGUCCCUCGUUCACUUACCUCUUGUUGGUUCAUGUGACAUGAACUGAUCAAUAAGGGGUUUUAAUGUUUGAGGUCUCCAGGAAGAACUUCUGCAGAAACAACUUGUAGAUAUCUCAGGAUAUUGAACAUUAAUCUUUGUAUAGAGAGGAAAUGAGGAAAAAGGAAAUAUAGAGAGGAGAGGGAGUGUUUGGUUGGUGAGAGACAAGCUGAUUGGACAGUGGGUGAUUGGUGUCAGGAUUGGUGGCUUUUUGAAUUGUUACUGGUAUUGCUGCUGAUGGUUGUUUUUCAGAUUAAGGAUUUGGAUUAAGAAUUACAGACAUGUAAAGAAAUGGUGGUAGAGGUACUGACCGACAGCUGUAUAGGUCUGGACGGGUACCCUUGCCUGUUUUUCUAAGGUUCUGACAAAGAAAGCAGCCAGUGCUUGUGACCAGCUGGAACUAGAUGUGUGGAAUAGCAGGGUAUAGAAGGUGUUGCUGCCUUCUGAAAAGUGUUUCGAAAUACCUGAUGAAGAAAGUGAAGAAAACAUCAAAGACUGAGCAGAAGAAACUGGCAGAGGCAGUUUUCACAUGUUACCUGAGUACAGGAAACAUGGCUGAGGAUAGAGAAAGGAUGAAGGACUGAAUGCUCUGCUGCUCUUCGACAAUAGAAUAUGGCAGAAAGCUGGAAAAAGCUCAUAAUAAUUCCAGUUAUGAAACCACAAGAAGGACCCCACAAAGACCAAAGGUUAUAGGUCCACAGCUCUAACUUCUCAUCCAGGGAAAGUCAUGGAAAGAAUGACAGUGGACAGACUGAUGUAUGUGCCUGAAAGAAGGCACCUUUUCAGGAGGGGGAGGAAUACCAUGGACCCAGCAGUCUGCUUAGAAUCAGAGAUAAGAAAAGCUCAGGUGGUCAAAGAAAAGUGAUGGAAAUGAUGGAAAUAAAUGAGUUGUUGGCUAAUAUUCUGUGCUUGCUAACAGUAUCACAUACCCAGGCGUAAUCUGUCAUCUGUUAACAAGUCCAAAAUCAACUAAUUUGUUGGUGGAUAAUCCACUAACAUGUUUUAAUGUGGCGUGAAAGCCUUCUUACACUUGGCUACGCAGAGACAUUCUGUCCAUAAAAAUUGCAAACAGGAUCAGUGACAAGGAGCAGCCCUGGUCAACCACCCACUGGAAACAAAUUCAACUUAUUACCAGCUAUGCGGACCAAACUCUUCCAAUUGUUCCAUAAGGAUUGAAUGGCCCAUAGUAAUGGCAAUAUUUUUUUUCAUCGUUUUGAUGGUCACUGUAGUGGCUUUAAUUUCUUAAAGUUCUCUCUUUCUCUUAUAUUUAAUAUAACGACACUACGGACCGACAAGCGCCUGUUUUUAUGUGUUGUCGUUAGCAACAAUGAUGGUAAAACCAUUGCGUGCCCGCUUGUUUAUUUUCUAUAUAAACCUUUCACAAUAAAGCUGAAGAUCCUGUUAAGACUUUUCACAAUUAAUGGAUGAGAAGCAAAAAAGGGCCGUCAGCAAAGUUCCCUCUAAUUUUUCAUGUGUCUGAGCGAACGCACAAAGUCCCUGAGUGAUCCCUUGGACCACUGUGAGCGACAGCAACAGU